GUGCUGUGGCAACCUUGCUUUGGCAUGGAGUUUCUGAAGGCAGCUUUCCCAGAGCAUCUGUGCCAUACAGAUAUUUUCUUUUUUUUUAUUGAAAUGGCCUUUGUUCAUGCUUUUUGUCUGUUGCUGUGGUUGUACAUGCAGCUGAUCAGUUAGAAGAUGCGAGGUUUGCAGAUGCUGUGUGUUCAACCUCUGUGCUGGAAGUAGGGUUGGUACCUCCUGGUUCCUCAGCUUUGCAACGCCGAGAGAACAGCCUGGUGGAUGGGCAACGCAGAUGGUAGCACCAGUGAUGAGACCGUGCCGUUGCUGGGAGGAGGGUUUCAGGGAGCAAUUGAGCCCUUCCACCUCUUCCCAGGCUCUUCACGCAGCCCCCUGGGUUCUCUCCUUACCCCCCAUAUCUGGUGGCUCUUACACGUUUUUAGCAAUAGUGGAGAUUUUUCUCUUACACUGCUUGUUGGAGUCAGUAUCCUGCAAGCUUAGAAGGAUUGAGUUUCUACCUCCAAUGACUGUUGAGAAGAACUUGAAAACAUGAACAUUUUCAGCUACUCAGGUUCACUGAAUGUGUUUAGCAUUACUCUAAAAACCCGCAGCCGCUGUUGGGAUCGUUAGAGCAUUUCCUAGGCUUUGGGAGAGCUGCAAAUCACAAGCACAGACAAGAGGUCUGGAACAGCUCUGGUCCAAGGAAUAAGCAGCUGGAUGGCGAUCACACUGUGUUUGUGGGAAGAAGAGGUGGUCGAAAGAACAUGGAAGAGAUCCGUAGAAGCAGGAGUGACACGGAGAAGGGGGACAGGGAAAGCUGUUCGCUCCUUUACCCUAAGAGCUGUGGGGCAUCAAGAAGUUGGUAGGUGGCAGGUUUAAAAGCAAACCAAAGGAGACAGCUCUCCACACAACACGCGUGUCAGCAGUGGAGCACUCUGCCACAGGCAGUUACGGAUGCUAAAAGCUGGCAUGAAUUCAAGAGGGGUUUGGAUAAAUUCUGGAAGAAAAAGACCCACAAGAGCCAUUAAAUGCAAAGGCAUCAUCUCUGGUAGGAGAACGCCCCUGAGUUAUUCGUAGCCCUUGCCUUGCCUGUAUGCUGUGAGAUAUGACUGUCGAGUGAUCCUGUAUGUUAUACUCUUUGCCAGGCAUCCUCUGUUGGAAAUGAGAUCCUGGAUUUAGAUGGACCUUUGGCCUGAGCUCACGUGGCUGUUCUGUGUACGUUCCUAUCUUGCUGCUGUCAGAGUGACUUCUUGAAAAUGCUGGUCAGGACAGUGCUGAGAAAUUGGGAUUGUGUGAGGAUCCAAAUCAAGUAUCAAUGCAGUCACCUUUGAAACAAAGCAAGCUGGCCUGAACACGGAGCAUGGGCUCUGCAUCCUGAAACACUACCUCCUAAAAAUAAUCAAGGGGUUAGAGUGAAACUCAGAGUGAAACUCAGAGUGUGCUUUUAGCACCAUGCUGAGACAGAAUUUGGUGACUAUAGCACUUGAAUGAAGAUCAGGUGUGAAAAGGAACAUUUUGCUUUGCAAGGACAACAUUCAGCCAUCCAGCAGUACUACAUAUACAGCUGGAUCUGCAUUCACCCUCGCCUUUAACCUCCUGUGGACCUGCUUGCUGCAUCUGUACCCGGGUCCCGUCCCUGCCCUGUGACCCCACGUGCUGGAGGCUGUGGCUGACACGUGCUGUGGCUGCCUCUUUGCAGUGUGCAGGGGGUCCAGCCCUGCUGGGGCAAGGACUGCAAAUCUCAUCCCAUGUGUUCGCAAGGUUUAUACUUGGCCACUCCAAAUGCACACAUAUAGUUGGGAAUGUGGAGCAGCUCUGCCUAUACUGCACUUUUAUGGGGAAAUGGCUAUUUUGGCCCGAGGACAGACACGGGACGAUGUCGGAGGUGCGGCAUGACAGCACGAGCAGUUUACAGCGAAAGAAGCCGCCAUGGUUAAAACUGGACAUCCCGGUGCCGGUGCCCGUGCCGGCACCCGAAGAGCCCCCACCGGUGCAGCCAAGCAGACGUCAGGCCUUUCUGCGAAGCGUGAGCAUGCCUGCUGAGAACACCCGCGUGCCCUCCCUGCCUAACGAAGUGAGAAGACCGGUGCUACAACGACAGACCUCAAUCACCCAGACCAUCAGGAGAGGUACAGCAGACUGGUUUGGUGUGAGCAAAGAUAGCGACGCUACUCAGAAAUGGCAGAGAAAGAGCCUCCGCCACUGCAGCCUGCGGUAUGGGAAGCUGAAACCUCAGGUCAUCCGGGAAAUGGACUUGCCCAGCCAGGACAAUAUUUCUCUAACAAGCACAGAGACUCCACCUCCGCUCUAUGUUGGGCCUUGCCAGCUGGGCAUGCAAAAGAUCAUAGACCCCUUGGCCCGUGGCCGAGCUUUCCGCAUGGCCGAUGACAACGAUGGCUGCAGCAUCCCACACACACCGAUCACGCCAGGCGCCACAUCGCUCUGCUCCUUCACCAGUUCGCGCUCGGGAUUCAAUCGCCUCCCACGACGGCGGAAACGGGAGUCUGUUGCCAAAAUGAGUUUCCGAGCAGCUGCAGCUUUGGUGAAGGGUCGCUCCGUGAAGGACAGCACCCUGAGGAGGGCUCAGCGGCGCAGCUUUACCCCGGCAAGCUUCCUGGAGGAGGACACGGUGGAUUUUCCAGAUGAACUUGACACUUCUUUCUUUGCUCGGGAAGGAGUCCUCCAUGAGGAGCUCUCUACUUACCCCGAUGAAGUGUUCGAGUCACCAUCGGAAGCUGCAAUCAAAGAUGCUGAGGUGAAACCUCCGGAUCAGACAGAUCUCACAGGAGGUGCCUUGGACAAAAAUGAGCUUGAGAGAAGCCACUUGCUACUCCCCCUGGAGCGAGGCUGGAGGAAGCAAAAGGACGGGGCCCUGGCACAGCCCAAAGUCCGCUUGCGGCAGGAGGUGGUGAGCGUGAGCCCACAGAAACGUGGCCAGCGCAUCGCCGUCCCUGUCAGGAAGCUCUUCGCCAAGGAGAAGAGACCGUACGGGCUGGGAAUGGUGGGGAAGCUGACAAAUCGCACCUACCGCAAGCGCAUAGACAGCUAUGUCAAGCAGCAGAUCGAGGACAUGGACGAUCACAGGCCUUUCUUCACAUACUGGGUCACCUUCGUGCAUUCGCUCAUCACCAUCCUUGCUGUGUGCAUUUACGGCAUCGCCCCCGUGGGGUUCUCGCAACAUGAGACUGUCGAUUCGGUCUUACGGAACCGCGGGGUUUAUGAAAACGUCAAAUAUGUCCAGCAAGAAAACUUCUGGAUUGGCCCCAGCUCGGAGGCCCUGAUCCACCUGGGGGCCAAGUUCUCGCCGUGCAUGAGGCAGGACCAGCAAGUGCACAGCUUCAUCAGCGCCAAGCGGGAGAAGGAGAAGCACUCGGCUUGCUGCGUGCGCAACGACAAGUCGGGCUGCGUGCAGACCUCGGAGGAGGAGUGUUCGUCCACCCUGGCCGUGUGGGUGAAGUGGCCCCACCACCCCAGCACGCCGAUGCUGGCGGGGAGCAAGAGGCAGUUCGGGUCCGUUUGUCACCAGGACCCCAGGGUGUGUGAGCAGCCGGCCUCCACAGAGCCUCACGAGUGGCCGGACGACAUCACCAAAUGGCCGAUCUGCACAAAAAACAGCGCUGGGAAUUACACCAACCACCUUCACAUGGACUGCGUGAUCACAGGCCGGCCCUGCUGCAUUGGGACCAAAGGAAGGUGCGAAAUAACUUCCCGGGAGUACUGUGAAUUCAUGCGGGGCUAUUUCCACGAGGAGGCAACACUCUGCUCUCAGGUGCACUGCAUGGAUGAUGUCUGUGGACUCCUGCCUUUCCUAAAUCCAGAAGUCCCUGACCAGUUCUACCGUCUCUGGCUCUCACUUUUCCUCCAUGCUGGGAUCCUGCACUGUCUGGUUUCAGUCUGUUUCCAAAUGACGAUCCUGCGGGACCUGGAGAAGCUGGCAGGAUGGCAUCGCAUUUCUAUCAUCUACCUGCUCAGUGGCAUUACCGGGAACCUUGCCAGCGCAAUAUUCCUGCCCUACAGAGCGGAGGUUGGCCCUGCAGGAUCCCAGUUUGGGAUUCUGGCCUGUCUCUUUGUGGAGCUCUUCCAGAGUUGGCAAAUCCUGGCACGCCCGUGGAGGGCCUUCUUCAAGCUGCUGGCUGUGGUGCUUUUUCUUUUUGCCUUUGGCCUCCUGCCUUGGAUUGAUAAUUUUGCUCACAUUUCAGGAUUUAUCAGUGGCUUCUUCCUCUCCUUUGCCUUCCUGCCCUACAUUAGCUUUGGGAAGUUUGACUUAUAUAGGAAGCGAUGCCAAAUUAUAGUUUUCCAGCUCAUCUUCAUUGCACUCUUCUCAGGACUUGUGAUUCUGUUUUAUUUCUACCCCAUCAAGUGUGAGUGGUGCGAGUUCCUUACGUGUAUACCAUUCACAGACAAAUUCUGCGAGAAAUACGACCUGGAUGCACAGCUCCACUGAAAGGCAAAGACUGGCUUCUCGAGCAGGCACUGGAGAUGGACUGUCUUUGCAUUUGCUGUGCCAGUUCCAUAUGGACAGAGCCUCUAAUCCAAAUGACCCUUCUAACCCUGCCCGUGGUUAAUUUAAACUGUCUCCUUAGCACUUGGCAGGCAUGUUUUGCCUUAUCUCAGAAGACUCUGAAAACAGAAUGUGUGCCUUGUUCAAUUGUAUUGAACCUUUUCUGCUGCCAUUAUUUUUAUUACACUAGUUUCAAUACUACAUUUUUAACCAGAGUUGUUUACUACUGCUAAGCUGGUGAUUAAAUGGAAAGGUAGCGUUUUAGCUACUGUUAAUUAUUCUG